UCACUCAAUACAACUGUUUCAUUCCCAAAUUCACCUGCUUUCAAUGCCUCUACAGAGCGCUGGACCAUCGCCGAUCCACCUACUUAUAUCGCUGCUAUUAGACCUGGGACAGAAGAAGAUAUUGGCAAAGUAAUCAACCUUGCUAGGACUAAAAGAUUUCCCUUCUUGACACGGGGGGCUGGACACGGUUACUCAGCCAGUCUUGGGGCCUUCCAGCAUGGCCUCUCUCUGGAUCUGAGCCAGUGGAAGACGCUCAAAAUUGACAAAAAGGCCCAGACUCUGACAGUAGGCCCCGGUGUUACGUUUGCCGAAAUCUUCGACCCUCUCUUCAAAGCUGGAUUCUACAUUCAAACAGGCAGUUGUUCUUGUCCCUCCAUGAUUGGCGUCACCAUCGGGGGCGGAAUUGGGAGAUUAAUGGGAAAAUACGGUCUAUUGAUGGACGCUCUCCAGUCUGUCCGUAUGGUUGGUGCCGGUGGAAAGGUGAUGAGAGUUUCAGCAACUUCGCACCCUGAUCUGUGGUGGGGAAUCCUGGGUGCUGGGGCGAACUUUGGGGUCAUCACAUCCGCUACGUACAAGGUUCAUCCAUUGGUCAACAAUGGAAACGUUUUCAUCGCCGAUUUCUAUCUCCCAGUGGAGAGAAGCCGGGAAUAUUUCGACAUAGUUGAGGCCAAUUACAGCAAUAUGUCUGCCAAUUUGGCCCAGAUAAUGGUAGCCAGCUGGAACAGGACUACCAGCUCUGUUCAAUUAGGUGGCAAUUGGGUCUACUACGGGCCUGAAAAGGAGGCUCGGAAAGAGCUGGCGCCGGUUUUCAAUCUCAAUGCUACUUCAUCUACCCGAAUUGUUCGAUGGAGUGAAAUAAUCUCGUCCGCAGGUUUUGAUGAGUUUAUCUGUCAACCCAAUCAGCCGCGUUCUCUUUUCAGCCUAAAUCAGAAGAUUUACUCUGCUGACGGUUACCAGGCGGGCUUUGAGAAGAUUGAAAAAUACUUCUAUGAUCAUCCUGGUGGGCGUGACACGACGCUUGUCUUUGAGAAUUUUCCUAAUCAGGCUGUCGCUGCAAUACCCGAUGCCUCAACCGCAUUCCCAUGGAGAGAUUUCAAGGGCUUCAUUCAAAUCAAUUUUGCCUGGACAGCUGGAGAUGAUGCCACUGCGCAAGCCUCCAACAAACUCGGGAAGGAACUGCGCAACCAGUUCGCUACCACAUCUGGAUACUCUGAGAAGGCUAUUUUCGUCAAUUAUGCCCACGGAGAUGAAUCCAUUGAGAACAUUUAUGGCAGGCGGAAGUUGCCUCGCCUAGCCCAGUUGAAGAAGAAAUAUGACCCAUCCAAUCUCUUUGCUUACAACCACCCUCUCCCC